CGCAACUCUGAUUGCUGAACUUCAACAAACAUCAAGAAACAUCCACCAUUGCAAGAUGGACUCCACAAAGGUCAUGUCUCUGCUUGAGCAGCUUGAUGAUGAGAUGGAUGAUCUUGAAGAGUCACUCUCUCCUCUUCUCAAGACAGCAUUGUCGGAAACGGCUGCAAAGCUUCCCCUCCUCCAGAAAGCAAAGACUUUCACUCUGGUGACCUACGCCAUUGAGUCUAUGCUGUUUUCGUAUCUGCGACUCAAUGGUGUUAAUGCGCGAGACCAUCCUGUCUUCAUUGAGCUUACCCGGGUGAAGCAGUACUUCGACAAGAUUAAGGCAGCAGAAGCUCCAGCAAAAGAUAGGAACUUGGUCCUCGACAAGUCUGCAGCUGCAAGAUUCAUCAAAGCUGGGUUGUCCGGCAAUGAUAAGUAUGAUCUUGAAAAAGCUGAACGAGAAGCAAAAGAGCGAGCGAGGGCACAUAUCAGGUUUGAGGAACUUGCAAAGCACACAGCCAAGGGGGAGUCUGAGGAGAAGCCAGAGGAGGAGCCUGAUUCUUCCGACUCCGAUUCCGGCUCCAAGUCGUCCGCUGAAGCAGAGGAGCAUGCACCUAUUGCACCGCCAAGGAAGAAAGUCAAAGGAGACAAUUCUGGCAAUUCAUCUUCCUCUGGCAGCGUGGAAAAGGCUCCCAGAUCUAAAGCAGAGAAGAAGGCAUUCAGUAAAGCUAAGAUUGAGAAGAAAAAGGCGAAGUCCAAGGCCAAGAAGCAGAAGAAGAGUCAAUCAUGAGAAGAUGGUCUAGGAGCUCGCAGCAUACAACUGGUUUGCUUUCGCAUUGCACGGCGUUUCUAUGGAAAAUACCCUUUGCAUCAGCGGUUUAUUUAGGCGUUUGGAAAAGUCACUUAAAGGCACAUGAUGCACUGAGGGGCAUCUGCGAUAGACAAUCAAGGCACGAA